GCCGUGCUCCAUGGCUUGUUGCACGAAUCACACAUGUGCGUUUGAUUUGAAUAAUGGUCAUUGCGGCAGGGCAGCGAACUGUAACUAUUACUUCCGUAUCUCUUUCUCGACACUAACCACUCUGAACUUCCGCGUUAAAAAAAGCGACCCCAACCCCCAAGGGCUGAAUAUUCGCCAUCGAAAUGCGCGCGAUCCCGGAGGAAUUAACGAGUCUGCUAGCAGACUUGGAGACCUUCCUGACAGAUGGACUGAAAGGAGAGAAUCUAAGCAAGAAGAACAAGGAGAAGAGGGAGUUCUUUAUUAAACGCAUCAAAGAUGUAAAAACCAGUUACUCUGCGGAAUUUAAGGACAGACGUGAUGUGGAGGACUCUGACGAUGGCGAUGAGUUUGACAGCAGUCCUGAUGGAGGCUCACUGCAGUCGGAGAGGGCCGAUCGGGAUGAGGAGGCAGCGUAUGAUGGUGGCCAGCAUGCUCCAUCUACAGCUGCACAGGAGCUCACGUCCGUCUUCAAGGCAGGUUACCUGGAGAAACGCCGCAAAGAUCACAGUUUCUUCGGAGCAGAGUGGCAGAAGCGCUGGUGUGCUCUAAGCAGUCUCACCUUCUAUUACUACGGCAGUGACAAAGAUAAACAACAGAAGGGAGACUUCAACAUCGAGGGCUACAGUGUCAAACUCAACAACACACUCCGCAAAGACUCUAAGAAGGACUGCUGCUUCGAGAUCUCUGCCCCAGACAAGAGAGUCUAUCAGUUCUGUGCAGGGACUCAGAAGGAGGCUGAGGACUGGGUGGAGAGGAUCACAUUUGUUCUGAGAGAUAUGGAGUGUGGUAUAAUUCCGGAGGAACAGGAGAUGUAUGACGAUGUUGGUGUUCUGGAAGGUCGACACACACACACACUGGCAACCCCUGCCCCCAUCGACGAUGAAAUUUAUGAGGAACUUCCAGAGGAUGAGAUGCCUGCUCCACCCAAACCUGUUGAGGUGAAGAAACCCCCCCCUGCUGCUCCACCACCAGUGACCGCUACACACGCAGUACUGAAUAAGGCUACUGAUUAUCCAAACUACUACCAGGGCAAGUGGGAUUGUACAGGUGACCACCCUGAUGAGCUGUCAUUCAGGAGGGGAGACGCCAUCUACAUACUCAGCAAGGAGUACCAGAACUUUGGCUGGUGGGUUGGUGAACUGAAGGGAUCCAUUGGUAUCGUGCCAAAAGACUAUCUGAUGGAGCUGUAUGCCCUCUGAGGGCACUACUGGUUCUGUGUUCCUGUCAUUGUAGUCCAGCUUUAUGUGAAGCCAGCUAUGUGCAGAUAUGCUCUCUCACACACACACACACACACACACACACACACACACACACACACCUGCAAGAUCAAAAGAUCAAUGGAUUAAAAGGUGUUUCUGACUCCAACUACCUGGGUAUGCAUGCGCACAUAAGCUUGCACACACACACACACACACACACACACACACACACACACACACACACACACACACACACACAAAUACGCACACACACACAAACACACACACACAAACACGCACACACACGCAAAUUAUUUAAUUUAUAAUUGUGUCUUGUUUACUUUUACUAUGACUUGUCUUUGUUUACUUGUUUACUGUGUGUCUGUCAUGCUUUCUGGUGCUACAGUAUUAAACAGCUGUUUGUUGUUUCCUAUUCAAUUAAAUUCAAUCACUGCCAAGGA